AUGAGUGUAUCGAUUCUUGAUGGGUGCGCUACCAUAAAACUUCAAGAACUAGGAGAACAUUUUCAGACUGCUCAUCAAGCAAUUUUGAAUCUUCGCAACUCGGAUUUGGAGGGUCUUGACCCAGAAGUUAAGGACACAGUUAUGUAUUUCAGAAAUAUCGAAAUGGAAAACGCGGUAUUCGGAAAAAAACCAGCGGAUGAUUCUGAUAAUGACGCAAACGUCAAAAACAGCACCACUUCUGAGCCUGAAAUUGAAGAUGACACCGACUCGGAACUUGAAUCGGAAAUUCUCGAGACUGAUGAGAUGGAUGCCGUCACUACGUCUCCACUGAUGACGUCAUCAGUUCCAAAGUUCGCCCUAAUCUUCAUUAUUCCGAUUUUCCUCGCAAUUCUUCUGUACUUGGUGCCAAUCGAUUUUUUUCAAUGGACUCUAUGA